AUGUUGCAAGUUGUUGCCAUCAAACCCUUCAUGUCCCUGAACCCUCCACAACGGUACGCUAUUGCGGGCGCCCAGGUGGCUCAAGAGUUCACAAGCCUUGAUGCCGUUUUAAAAUACUCUAAGGCUUCUACGAUAAAAUUCGAGAAGACAGAUUUCGAUUGCGAAGACCUGCGCCCAGAAUAUGGUUGGCGUUGGCUGCAUUGGAAGCGAGAGACCGUAAGCUUCCUCACCGUUCUUAUCCCCUGGGAAUUGCGUAUCAAGGAGAUCGAGUCGCAUUUUGGCUCCGGCGUAGCAUCCCAUUUCACUUUUCUUCGCUGGCUUAUGUGGGUAAACAUCAUGAUUGCCAUACCAUUGGUGGCAUUCGUCAUCGGGCCUGAGUACUUUGCUACGAAGAAAGAUGAGACCGAUCCCCGUAAGCGUAUGACCGAGCAUGAGUAUAAAGUGGCUGGAAAUUUCUUUACAUACUGGGAAUUCGAAGGUUACAUUAAAUAUUCGCCAAUGUUUUACGGUUAUUAUUCGAACAUAUCCGGUGCCAGUACGUUGGGCUAUAAAUUACCAAUGGCUUACUUUCUAACAGCUGUUGUUGUUUAUAUAUACAGCUUUGUGGCCACCCUGAGGAAAAUGGCCGAAAAUUCUAGAAAUUCUAAACUCUCCUUAAAAGACGAUGAAUGCACUUUCACUUGGAAACUUUUCACUGGUUGGGAUUUUAUGAUUGGUCACGCAGAAACAGCGCACAACCGCAUUGCUUCCGUAGUAGUUGGCUUCAAGGAGGUAUUGCUCGAGGAAGCCGAAAAGAAGAAGGAUAAUCGCAAUUGGCGCAUAAUACUGCAGCGAAUAUUGGUGAAUGUGGUGGUGAUGGGUCUAUUGGCCGCCUCCGCGUACACUGUUGUCACCCUGGUGAAUAACUCGGAACAACUGGCACGUAAUGGCAAUUUACUCAGUCGCAAUGCGGUUAACAUCACCAUCACACUUUUAGCCUUUUUUAUGCCUAUGAUAUUCGACGCACUGGGACUAUUCGAAAAUUGGCAUCCGCGGCAACAGCUACGAUUGCAAUUGGCACGCAUUAUGAUACUCAACAUGCUCAACUUGUAUUCGCUGAUGUUCUCCUUCAUUUACAACAUCAACAGCAAGGAGGGGCCAUUGCAAUUGCUCAAGGAGCGGUACGACAACUCUACCGAUGAAAUGAAUGAGUUAACACAACUAAUUGAGGGCCUGAAAAACAGCGGUAGUAACAGUACUGAAGUGGGCCUGGUGCUCACUAAUUUUAACGCAACUACCAGCAGUCUGCUAACGACAACCGCAGCUGCCACAACACUUUAUGGCUGGACCACACGUCUGAAAUGCCGCAAUAUCACAGUGAAAUGCUCAAAACCAACGCGCAUCAAGGUGAGAAAUUUCGCGACAGCAACCACGAUGUUUCUUCUCAACAUAACCACCCCUUCAAUGUUGUCGCACUUAACGGACGAGUCAAGCACGUUAACUACCCCACCUUACACAAUAACACCUGCGACGGAAAUUGAUACAACGUGGACAGCGCAAGAAGAAUUGAGCACCACCACACAAUUCACUACAACAGAGCCGCCGACUCUAGCGAUAGAUACAACUUUGACCCCAAUAAUUGAAUACACAGAGAUCUCAACACAAACUGAAAGCACUGAGCCAUCGACGACACUAGAAUCCACCUCAACCACGACCUUAGCGCCAGGCAGUGAUGAUUUCUUCGACUAUAUGGAUUAUUUUGUAGGGAUGCCACUCGAGCUCAGCGACACGCUGGAAGCGGCUGCGGCAACAGAGACAACGCGCAACAGUUUAAGUGCAAUGACCGAAAAUCUGCCACCACUGAGCCGCAAGCCCAGACAAGCUGCGCUGCCAACGCCAGAUGAGGCAAUGCAAAUGCCAAAACAGAGCAUGUAUAGUCGACGACAAAAUGAGCGGCACAGACAGAGCAGUGAAGACAACGAAGACUAUUCGGCCGAUGAUUCAACGUCUACAACUAUAAAAACAUUACCUUUAUCCACGCCAGUCGACGAUGCCAGUUCCAGCACGGUUGUGACAAGUCGCCAGGUGCAACAGACGCAUCAACAACAAAAUGAAACAUUGGAGUCGCCACAAAAUGAAUCAUUGCCGACGUUACAUGUCAAUACUAAGCUGUUGGGUGAAGUAUUGGCUUAUUUUACAAGCUCAACAUCCACUGUCGAUCCACCAACCACAAAGUUUCCGCUUCCCACAACAACAGUUUCAACAACAAUUUCAACAAUGAUUCCAACAAAAUCAACUGAACUCGCCGGCAGCAGCACUCCAUAUUUCUUAGCGGAAGAUGACAUUCUUGACGAAUCUACCGACACGAUUAAGUAUGAGGCCAAUGAAAUCGAUGAAGAAAAUUUCGAUACUUGCAUUCGUACUAUUUGUGAUCCAUAUCCGGAAGAAUACUUCAGUACAACAGACAUAGAUACAACAGCUACUCCAACUACAACCACACUGACGCCUAUGGAGACUUAUGAAAUAAAAUUGGCGAAAGUGAAGCAAAACAUACAUGAGGUUCAGCGUAAUUUGACCAGUAUGUGCUGGGAGACAUCACUGGGCCAAGAGCUUGCGAAAGUUAUCGUUUCGGAUGGGCUUCUGUCCCUCUUCGCACCUCUCUGCGUUGACUUUCUGCGUGCGCUGUUUGUACGUUAUCUCAAUCAACACUGGUGCUGGGAUAUGGAGAAAACGUUUCCCCAAUACGGCGACUUCAAAAUCGCUGAGAACAUUUUGAAUUUGAUUAUCAACCAAGGACAAGUGUGGAUGGGUAUAUUUUUCUCACCCGGUUUGGUGCUAGUCAGCCUUGUCAAAUUAAUGAUUUUGAUGUACUUCAGAUCUUGGAUUGUGCUGACAUGCAACGUGCCACACGAGGUAGUAUUUAAGGCAUCCAAGUCUAACAAUUUCUACCUCGCUCUACUUCUCACGAUGCUCUUCCUCUGUGUGCUGCCGGUGAGUUAUGCUAUUGUAUGGCUACGUCCCUCAUGGCACUGUGGACCAUUCUCAAAUUAUAAUCGAAUCUCAGAAUUCGUCACCAAUGCGACCAGGGAAGCUCUACCUAAGGAGCUUCAUAGACCUUUGAGUUAUUUGACUUCAGCAAGUACUGUUAUACCGCUGCUGCUUCUACUAAUCCUGAUCAUCUAUUACCUGGUCUCAUUGACGGGCGCGUUGCGGGAGGCUAAUCAAGAUUUGAGAACACAGCUUCAAAAGGAGCGUGAAGAAGAGCGAAAAAAAAUCUUCAAGGUACCUGAAAUGAAACCGACUGAGAAUAGCGCAGCAGCACUGACCAGCAGAUGGCGCAAAGUUCUUGAGGCUUCAUCCCCGGUCACACCAACACCACCCCCAGAUUUUGAGAGUGAAGAAUACAAAAAUCAGGCAAGGAAAGAACUGAUUUCACGUAUCAUGAAAGAGGCUCUGCGAAAGGGUUCGGCUACCUCGGAUGAUGAUUCCGUUAAUAGACAUGGCAGGGAAGAUGAUGAUACUGAUACUGAACACCACGAUUCCCUGCCACAUGACGAAGAUGGAGGAGACAAGAAUUUAGGUUUGACGAAAUUGCAACAAAUAAGACGAACGCGCAAGCCUUCCCUUAUAGACAUCGUACAAAUUGCCAAGAGCGAGAGGGAGCGAGAGCAACGAGCUUCAUUGUCAGUGAAAGAGAGAAGUAAAUGUAAGAAAGAUAAAGAUAAAGAGAAAAACAAGGAAAGAGAUGUAGAGAAAGGAGAAUAUGAAGAUCAACCAAAAACAAAUAAGGCAGAGAAUGGAAAAAAUAUCGAUAAAAGAAAAGAAGCGGCCAAAGGCGAAAGAAAUAGACGAAGGGUGGAGAAAGUGGAGGAAGAAAAUAAUGGAAAGGGAAGAAACAAAGAUUUCAUUAAUGAUGAAAAUGGUGAUGCAGCAUUUGAUAAGCGCAUUUUAUAUGACAAGGAUAAUGGAACAUUUAAGCUUAAUGCUGAUAGCAAGAAAACCCAAGCUAAAAAAAAAGCAGGCCAAAAUUGCAAUGCGCCAACGCAACAAUUAGAUACCGAUAACGAUCCCGACACCAACACUCGCAUUGUAAAUGAACGCAGACAAAGCUUAUUGCGUAAAAGAGGCGAGGAAGAUCGACCAGCAGAUAGCGACAACACUCCAUCGCCUUUGAUGCCAGAUAAUCAAAGUACUUCCCUAAUCCCACCAUCAAUCGAUGAGGUGAAAAAUAGUAACUUCGAAAUUAUAGAUGAGAAACAAUGGGAAAACAACUGCGAAAAAGAUAGACCACUUCCAAAUUCGGAAAAAGAUAAAUUAAGGAAGUACCUGACGGCAUCGAACACGGCACCUUCAGAAAGCUAA